GGAGGGGCCAGGAGCAGUGAGGAGGCAGAGAGUAGAGGGGAGUCGACUGUCUGUAUAGCUCCCAUUACAGACUCUGUAGCCUUAGACCUCCGGACCUCUGCUCCCUGUGUCAGCUGUCAGGAGCCUCAGGAUCUGUGUGUGAUGCUGCAGCUGCGGAGCACACAGGUCCUGACACUGCUGACAGACCGACACAGUGACCUGUCGGGACUCAGGCAGCCUGCGCUCCAGCCACUGCCGGCCCACAGGGCAGCGGCCUACCAGGAAUAUUCUGGUAAUGGUAAUGGGGCAGCAGCAAGCACAGCAUUAGUGAAGCAGGAUGGCAGUGUAAAGGAUGGGGGCUGUGUUACUAUAGAGUUUUGGGUAGACUGCAGAAGGGGCCACAGUUGUAUUGGUAUAGUCUUCACUCAUCAGGAGACAUCAUCCUAUUUGCCUGGGCUGGAUGGAAAAGAAAAUCUAUACAAUCAGAGAAGAUGCCAACUGUGGUCACUGGAUUUAAUAGUCCUUUAUGCUGUGACUGCUUCUGAUCAGCAUGCUCAAAGAGGUGUCAUGAACCAGGAAGUAAACUACAGGAAGUACAAAGCCUCCUGGGAAUUGUGGCGAGAAGGCAAGAAAUACAGUCAUCUGGCUAUUUAUCCUUUCCAAGUGGAUCAUCCUGUUACGGAUGAUUACGAAGAAUUUAUGGUUCUGAUGAAGAGGAAUAUAUGCACUCCCCACACUCCAAGGCAAGUCAGAGCUCCAGCACCAUCAGAGUUUCCGAGCUACAAAGCGAACAGCAACCUUCUGAAAUUGAGCAGCAGCAGCAGUCCUCACAACCUGAGACAAAUCAGCCAGCUCCAGCCCAGCCAGCACAACUGCGACGUAUGGAACUGGAAGCACCCCAGCAACCAGCUCCUAGGAAGCAAGGCCGUGGAAGAGUUAGUCGUGGUGGAUCCGGCACUACCGGGGGCAGGACCGAACAAUAUGUUGAGAAGAUUGUCAUCGACAGUGAGCUUCUCAUCCAGAUGGUUCAUGAAAGUCCUGCCGUAUGGGAUCAGACAGAUCCACAAUAUUCCAACCAUGCUGCAACAAGGAGACUAUGGGAGGACAUAUUUAUUGCCAUAGUGGAGAGAG